ACCAUGAAGGGUGGAGGAAGGGGUAAGGAGCCACCUGUUGCUGGAGAGGUUAGUGGCAAGCGCCCCAAGCGCAAGUGUCUGCAGUGGCACCCGCUCCUCUCCAAAAAGGCCCUAGAUUUUUCCGAGGAGGAAGAGGAGGAAGAUGAAGAGGAGUUGGAGAAGGCGAGUAUCCUCAUCCUGCUGUGUAGCCAAGACCAGGGAUCAGAGGUGCCAUGUGGAGGGCAGCCGGAGGAAGUAGAGGAGGACUCCACCGAGCAGCGGGCUCGGCGGCCCAUGAAUGCCUUCCUCCUGUUCUGCAAACGCCACCGUUCCCUGGUGCGGCAGGAGCAUCCCCGCCUGGACAACCGCGGGGCCACCAAGAUCCUGGCUGACUGGUGGGCCGUGCUGGAGCCCAAGGAGAAGCAGAAGUACACUGACAUGGCCAAGGAGUACAAGGAUGCUUUUAUGAAGGCAAACCCGGGCUACAAAUGGUGCCCCACAACCAACAAACCAGUGAAGAGCCCAUCCUGCCAACCAGUCAACAACCCCCGCAAAAAAGUUUGGCCCUUCCCUUCCAACUCCUCCAAGGACUCUGCCACUGCCAAGAAAGUGCCCAAAACCGACGACAUGCCACAGUUAAACUUUGCCAUGGCAGAUCCGACGAAGAUGGGAGGCCUUAGCAUGCUGCUAUUGGCUGGUGAACAUGCCCUCACUGCAAGAGAGGUCUCUUCCAGUCCUCCUAAAGCCAGUUUGCCUGACCCAGCCAGCGAGGGGAAGCCCUUCCCAGGGGACAAGGUUGAGAUAUCGUCUGGAGCCACGCCGAAGAGAGUGCCUGACAUUACCGAAAGCAGGGUCACAUCCCCCCUUUCACCUGCAGAGUCACCUCCACCCAUGGCACCAGAGGGAAAGCCAUGCAGACAGUCGGCUCUCUUCCAGCUUGCUGAGAUGUGCUUAGCCUCUGAAGCUGGGAAGAUGAAGACAGCAGCCCCUCAAAUACAGGACAGCACCUCCACAGUCUCUGUCCUACAAGCCACAGUCAAGGCAGAGGUCAAGGAGGAGAUGGGAAACAUCCACGACCAACCCCCUCCCUCUCACAUAUCGCCCCUCUUACCCGCUUCUUCAUCCUCCUCUUCCUCUUCUACCUCCAAUGAUGCCAUUCCUCCUCAACUCAGCAGCCAAAACGCAUGUGUCAAAAAGAAGAGCAAGAAGAGAGAAGGGCUGAAAGAGAUGGCCGGGUCUAGUGACAAAGACGGUAGCCCUUGUUCAGCCAAGAAGAUCGCCAAGAAGUGUGGCCAUUCAGAAACUGACCUGGACAGCGUCUUGUGUACGAUUGAGGCGGUGGCCAAAGGGGCCUGGAAGGACACCGAAGAAAAGCCCAGGAAGACCCACAGCAGCCCUGUUGGUGGGAACUCCGGCUUGCCCAAAAAGAAGAGCAAGCCCAAAGUCAAGUCCCCUCUCAGAGAGAAAGAGGAUGAGAUGGUGGUGAAGGAGGAGGACUGCGGGCAGAAUGGCUCCUCCGAGGUGGCAAAGAAGGAGGAGACGGUGCUUGUCAGCCCUAAGAAGGAGGAAGAGGAAGCUGGCAGCAGUAAUGCAGAGUUAAAGGGCAGUGCAACAGAGCUUCAUCACCCUCCCUGCAGCCCCCCACACACUAAACUCAAAGAUGAGGAGAGGGCGAAGGAGCGGCAGAACGAGGCCGAGUCAAACACGGAGAGCCGCGGUUCCAGGAAGUCGGAGAGGAGCUGCAAAGGGGCAUUAUAUAAGACCCUGGUGUCUGAAGGAAUGCUUACUUCUCUGAGAGCAAACAUUGACCGAGGUAAGAGAGGUGCUUUCCGUGCAUCUGACCAUGAUGCAAACUGGGCUGAUGACAGCUGGGCUGUUUCCCAGAUGGGACCCAAUAACCCCAAGAAGCUGAAAAAGUCCAAGUCCAAAGAUGACUCUUCACAGGGCUUAGGGAAACUGGAGGAGGAGUUCGAGAAGAAGUUCAACAGCCUGCCCCAGUACAGCCCCAUGACGUUUGACAAGAAGAGCACCGCUGUCACCAAGAAGAAGAAACCCGACGGCUCCACUGCACAAGAGGAAGCGCUCAAAGCCGGCAAAGGCUCAUCUCCAUCUCAGAAAAAGACUUCAUUCCACAAGAUUGUUAGGAAGCACAAACAUAAAAAGGAGAAACCGAGUGCUGUGGAAAAAGUGGUGGUGCAGAGUGAUUCCACCAUGCCGGAUUCCCCUUCCAGAGGCAAGUCGUGCGCCCCCAUCCCCGCAACAUGCCCAGACACCCAGGGCACUACCAGUAUGGAGAUGUUAGUGGGCAGCCAGAAAAGAAAGGCAAGGAAGAACAAGAUCACCCACCUAGUGAGAACAGCCGAUGGCAGUGUGUCCCCCGCAGAGGAGGACAAAUCCAGAGAACUGAACCAGGAACAGGAUGAGAAGCCAUUGCCCCAACAAAAUUUAUGCAAUGAAAAAGGGUGCUACAGUACCCCGAGACCAGAUGAGGCGGACCGGAGCGCCGUGCCACAAGAGCUUCCUGCUUUCUUUAGCUUGGCUGCACUGGCUGAGGUGGCAGCCAUGGAAAAUGUUCACAGAAGCCAGCGGGGCCUGGCUGAGGGCCAGAAGAAGGACCUGGCCCAGACUCCAGUGCUCAUCUCCUGCGCUGACCAGUGAGACUCUGAAAAGACUGCUGAGCUCAGUACGUGAGGAGCCACAACAUGGACACGACUAGCACUUGAGAAUCACGUUUCGCAAUGUUAGAACCCUUUGCUGAAGGGAGACCGGCAGGAAUCUUUGGACAGACUCGAUCCCCUUCCUCCCCCAUGUGAUUAAUUAGCUUGAGCGGUGGUCCUUGAGGGGGGGAGAGAGAGAGAAAGAGAGCCUCCCCCUCCCUGCCUUCCCCCCGACAUCUGUGUUCUCCUGAAGCCUUCCUUUGGUAGGAGGAGGACGCCUUCCCGAUGUCCUUUCAUCCCCUAGGUGCUCCGGUAGAACCUGCAGAAGAACCAAGCUUUCCCCCUGAUGCAUGGCUUCCCGUGUAGAGAUGGCUGUCAGGGGUUUACGGUUUAGAUUUUUUUCCGUCUCGUAGGGGCCGUUUUUAAGGUCAACUCUCGCAAGCAAAGAUUUUGCAUCCUUGGUAGGGAAAACAACCCGACACGGCGUUUGUGUUGCAACGCAAACACAGCUUUCUUUCACCUUUUUACCUUACACACACCUACUGAAAGAGUUCCCUCCGCCUCGAGUAGAAUACCUCUAUUUGUACAGCUCUUACCGUGUGGCUCCUCUGCACUCCUAUCAGCUGCAACCUAAAGCGAUGUAACCAGG